AUGGCUCCCAGGACAAGAAUUCGCCUAAGACUAACGCGCGGUUCAACCUCUGCAGAGAGCACGCCCAAGGGUUUUGCCGAUGUCGAAGAUGAGCCCAUGCCCGAUGUGACGGUCGCCGACGAAGGCUCCGAGCAUGAGGAGCCUCCCGCGCAAGAAGACGAUGACGAUGAGCAGGAGGAAACAAAGGUCGAGUCUGAGCACGAAGAAGAGCCGGCAAAGGAGGAAGAGGAACCCAAAGAACCCAGUCCGCCACCUCAGCCUGUCAUUAGGAGAAAGCGGCUGGGUCGGCCGCCCAAGAACAAACCUCCCGACUGGGAUCCCAUGAUUACGGUGACGGAGGACACACCCCGACGUCGUGGGCGAGGAGGAUGGAGAGGCCGAGGCGGUCGCAAGGGAGGACCGGCAGCGCCAAAGGCUGAACAAGUCAUUGAUGCUGAGGGCACUGUGGCGGAGAUCGUCAACGACGAGUGCGUGCUGCCCGAGGAUCCUGAGGGUGAAACCAAGGUCGACAAGCAGGGAAAUCUGGAGGGUGGUCGCGACUAUCGUUGCCGUACCUUUACGGUGUUGGGACGUGGCAAUCGGCUGUACAUGUUGUCGACGGAGCCAGCUCGCUGCGUAGGUUUCCGAGACAGUUACCUCUUCUUCACCAAGCACAAGAAACUACACAAAAUUAUCGUCGACGACGACGAGAAGCGCGACAUGAUUGAGCGCGAUAUUAUCCCACACUCUUACAAGGGUCGAUCAAUAGGCGUUGUUACGGCUCGAUCUGUGUUUCGGGAGUUUGGCGCGAGAAUCAUCGUUGGUGGUAAGCGCAUCAUUGACGAUUACAAUGUCGCUCAACUGCGAGAAGAGGGUGUUGUUGAGGGCCAACUCGCCGACCCGGACGAUCACUUCAUCCCUGGCGAAUACAACAAGAAUCAGUAUGUUGCCUGGCACGGCGCCAGUGCUGUAUACCACACCAAUGUGCCAUCAGUGCCUGUGCCGAAUGGGAAACCUGAAUACAAGAAGCGCAAAGUCAAUGUCAAUGACCAGAAUUGGAUGCUGGAACACGCCCGAGAGGCAAGCAUAUUCAACGCUGGAAUCAACGCGAUCCGCAGAUUCAACAAUGUCGGCGUCUACGACAUCCACACCAACAUGCUGCAAUACCCAGCCAUGAUGCAGCCCACACACGUGCGAAUUGAGCAAGUUAGUCCCGACGAAGAGGCAACCACCAAGGGAAACGCCAAGUUCCCACCCGUGCCGCUCAGAAUGGCUAGAAACUUCCUCAUCAUGGACACGUACUGCGAAGGUGCGCCACGGAACAAUGCGUCCCUGGCACCUAGCAACGAGACGCCCGCCGAUUUCGUAGCGUCGUUCAACGGCUUGGGAGCCGUGUCAGACGAGAUCAAGGACCUGCUGCCGCCUGAGUGUCGCAAGGCAUUUGACCAGGCGCUAGAUGCAGACAACGAGUUCCAGUCCCGCUGGGGUACGGAAAAGGAAAAGAUGUCACGACGAGACCCGAUUAUUGAUAAGGCAAUAGUACCGUAUAGCAUGUCGUAG